UAAACGUCAAAUCAAAAGUCAAAAUAGUCUUGAACUUGAAAAACAUAACCUCAAUUUAUGUAAUAAUUUCAUGUGAAACUUUGUGAAAUAUUACAUUUUUGUAUCUGAUUUAUGUAACUAUCACAGCACAAUGUCUGUGUUUUUAUCAAGAAUUGCCGUUGUGUGCACCAGAAGUAGUUCUAAGCUUUAUUUCUCUAGUUCUAAGCUCGCUGAUGCAAUUUCGCCGAAAUACCAAGUUUUUCUUAGAAAAAGUGAAUGUUUAUCCUUUGCCCGACAAAUUAAUGUUAGAAGUUACGCUACAGAUACAAUUCAGCCUACUGUAGCUAUAGAUAAUGCGAGUAUUCCUAUGAAAAAGAAGUCGAUACACAUCAAACCUACUAUGGAAGAGAUGACUAUAAAAGACGGUCAUUACCUGACUCUGGCCUACGCCACAGCAAAUGCUUAUGAUCUGAAGGGUCUCAAAGAAGCCCUGGUGCAGCAGAAGCUGUAUCAACCAGGCACGUUGAAAACGAAGGAGCUAGGCGACGUGGUGGUGGUGAACGCCAUGUACUCAGUGGGCUCAGAGCCUCGGGAGAUCAUCUUCUUCCGCGAAGGAGCCGUCGUGUUCUGGAACUGCAGUGAGCUCGAAGCCAGCAAUGUGCUAGAGUUUAUUAGAAAAUAUGAAGUGGAUAGUUAUCCAAGAGAUGUGGUUUCCAAGGAGAGAGAGAUUAUGACUUAUGUUUACCAGCCAAAUGUAAAAAAAUGCCAACUACAGGAUGAAACAUUUGUGAUGGUGCCCGACAGAGACAACUCAUUAGAAAGAUACACAUUCAGCCACGCCAUGGCGCAGUCAGCGCGGCUGGGCGCGUGGGAGGCGCGGCUGGAGGCGCUGGCGGCGGCGGUCAGGCUGCACUCGCAGGCCAUGGAGCGGGAUGGCGUGGCCAGGGUUGAUAAGAAGGAGAUGGUGCGCAAGCUAGGCGAGCUCUUCUCUCUCCGGCACCGGCUCACGGUGGAGUCGGACCUGCUGGACACGCCCGACUUCUACUGGGAGGAGGAGCAGCUCGAGCGCCUCUACUCGCGCACCGGCGCCUACUUCACCAUCCCGAGGAGGACAAGGGUACUGAACGAGCGCCUCUCCCACUGCGUGGAGCUGCUGGAGCUGCUCUGGUCGUGGGCGGCGGACCGCCACCACGUGCGCCUCGAGUGGAUGGUCAUCGCGCUCAUUCUGGCCGAGGUCUGCUUCGAGCUGAUACACCUGGCCGAGAGGUACUCGCAGUAGUGGGGGGGAGAAUGGUGUAGAUUUGAGGCCGUAGGUUAGUGUGAGUGAUAGUGUGUGUUUGUGGGGUCAUAUAUCUG